AUGUCUUUGAAGAUAUUAAGCUCAGCGUCACAGAAGCCGCGGAACAUGCACAGCGUUAGAUUUUCCAGCGAUGAUAUGCCUAAAUUUAAAUCUCUGGACUCUCCAGAAGGUAACGGUCAUUUCGCGCCACAUUCAAUGCUUAGUGUAGACUCAGGGGCUCCUAGUCCAGACUGUGCUUUUCACCCAGCGGCACAGCGAUAUCGGUUAAAUGAACAACGUAUCAAGCUGUUGACCGCCAUCAACCAAAUAGUUCAGCAACGAGCUGAACUGGAAGCUAACAAGUCAACACUCUCCAGUAUGCUGGAAGAGCUGAGGCGAAAACUCAAGCGACGAAUUGAAGAAUGUCAUUUCGAUAAAAAGGAGAAAAUGAAGGCUUUAAAACAAGCAAAUCAGCGCUUAGAGAGGGAGAAGUUUAACGUAGUAACAGAAAUCGAGCAUUUAAAACGGCAUUUGGACAAGGAGGAGGCACACCACCUGCAGCAUGCGAGGGCUGCUGUAGUACAGGCCAUUCAAGGCGUGACGAAAGCAACAGCCGACCACAUCUUCACGCCGUGCUCUGUGGCUGAGCUACCGAAUAUUGUUAGCAGAAACGUUGCUAGAAACGCGCCAUCUAGAGUUGCAGAUAAUAAGCUGGCGGCCGCGCGUCUCAUGCGCGACAUCGCCGCGCUGAGGCAACGCGUCGCGCAAGUGGAGGCGCGACUGGCCAACGAGCUAAAGCGUAAACGGCAGGCUGAGAUCGACAUUGUGCGAUUGAGAAAAGAACUGUCGUCCACGAAGAGCUGCGUCGCAUCACUACGGAUGCCUGCGCAAAGGAAACCUUGCUCUAAAUUCGCG